GGGAGCACUUCUAGAGGAUACUCAGUUCUGGCAGUUGUGGGGAGCACUUCUAGAGGAUACUCAGUUCUGGCAGUUGUGGGGAGCACUUCCAGAGGAUACUCAGUUUCUGGUAGUUGUGGGGAGCACUUCCAGAGGAUACUCACUUCUGGCAGUUAUGGGGAGCACUUCCAGAGGAAACUCAGUUCUGGCAGUUGUGGGGAGCACUUCUAGAGGAAACUCAGUUCUGGCAGUUGUGGGGAGCAUUUCCAGAGGAUACUCAGUUCUGGCAGUUGUGGGGACCACUUCCAGAGGAAACUCAGUUCUGGCAGUUGUGGGGAGCACUUCCAGAGGAAACUCAGUUCUGGCAGUUGCAGUUAUGGGGAGCACUUCCAGAGGAUAGAGCCAAGAAAGAGCCGAAGGGCAGCAGAAGCUGCAAAGAGUCUAGUGUUUCCAAACCAUCACGUCAGAAUCCUGUGAGAUGGGAAGACAAAAGGGGAUCCAAAGAGGCCAAUGUCUCCCACACUUCCCAGGCAGGGCAGAGGUGGGCGUCAACCCCAGGUGAGAAGUGGGUGAAGAGCCCUGUUUGAGAUGUGGCUGAUCCCUGUUACUAGCUUUUCCUCUGGGGACAGAACGCUCUACAAAGAGGAACUUUCCUUUCCUGCAUGAGGCAGAGGCAAGCUGCCUGCCCAUCCCCUUCCUCAAGGAAUGGCCUAGCCCGGGAAUGCCCACCACACACACUCUUCUUAUUUUUCUAGUCAACCUCUGUUUACUCCUUGGCCUGCCUUCCUCCUCCCUCCCUUUCAACCUUGACUUCUGAUUUCUACUUCAUGGAAUUUGGGAUUGACGUUAUACAACAGUGCCGCCAACACCAAGUCUUGCAGGAAAAAAAAAAUACAAAGAAAUUUAACAAAAAAAAAAAAGUAUAUUAAUAAAAAAGUUCCAAAAAGGGGGGGACUGUCAUCUCCUUUGGGGUGCGAUGAUUUCAAAUUCAAGCUCUCUGAGUGUCACCUGGUGGGGUGGGUGAGAAAGGAGGCCCCUUGGGGAGCCACAGUGCUGUAACCACUCUAGGCUCCUUUCCCAAAGUGCCAAAGACUGAGGCCAGAGGUCAGAAAUCUCAAGACGUCUCAGCGGGGCGGCCCUAGAGGGGCGGGGUCCCGUGGUAGAGGCGGGGAAGAGGGAAGGACCCGGACCAAGCACCAACCCCAGCUCUGUCCCAUACCAGGAAGUGCUGGGUGGGUGGAGGGGGCAGAGAAGCAGAGUUGACAGCGAAGCCAGGAUGGUGGUGCCUUCGUUGAGACUUCAGGACUUAAUCGAAGAGAUACGCGGGGCCAAGACUCUGGCCCAGGAACGGGAAGUGAUCCAGAAGGAGUGCGCUCAAAUUCGGGCCUCCUUCCGCGAUGGGGACCCCCUGCAGAGGCACCGCCAGCUGGCGAAACUGCUAUACGUCCACAUGUUGGGCUACCCCGCCCACUUUGGACAGAUGGAGUGCCUGAAACUGAUCGCCUCCCCCAGAUUCACAGACAAGAGGGUGGGCUACCUUGGGGCCAUGCUUCUAUUGGAUGAGAGGCACGAUGCCCAUCUGCUCAUUACCAACAGCAUCAAGAAUGACCUGAGCCAAGGGAUUCAGCCAGUUCAGGGUCUGGCCCUGUGUACUCUGAGCACCAUGGGCUCUGCUGAGAUGUGCCGAGACCUAGCCACUGAGGUGGAGAAGCUGCUCCUGCAGCCCAGCCCCUAUGUGCGUAAGAAGGCUGUUUUGACCGCUGUGCAUAUGAUUCGGAAGGAUCCUGAGCUCUCCAGCAUCUUCCUCCCACCUUGUGCCAAACUGCUCCAUGAGCGCCACCAUGGCAUCCUGCUGGGCACCAUCACGCUGAUCACCGAGCUCUGUGAAAGAAACCCUGCAGCCCUCAGGCACUUUCGCAAGGUCGUACCCCAACUGGUCCAGAUCCUCCGGACUCUGGUGACGGCGGGAUACUCAACAGAGCACAGCAUCUCUGGAGUCAGCGAUCCCUUCUUGCAGGUCCAGAUACUUCGUCUGCUUCGGAUCCUGGGACGGAACCAUGAAGAAAGCAGUGAGGCCAUGAAUGACUUGCUGGCCCAGGUCGCCACCAACACAGACACGAGCCGAAAUGCGGGCAACGCCGUUCUGUUGGAGACAGUGCUUACCAUCAUGGACAUCCACUCUGUAGCGGGCCUCCGGGUUCUAGCUGUUAACAUUCUUGGACGUUUCUUGCUCAACCAUGACAAGAAUAUUAGGUAUGUGGCCCUGACAUCGUUGCUCCGCCUGGUGCAGUCCGACCACAGUGCUGUACAGCGUCACCGGUCCACUGUGGUCGAAUGUCUACAGGAAACAGAUGCCUCCCUUAGCAGGCGGGCCCUGGAGCUGAGCCUGGCUCUGGUGAACAGUUCCAACGUGCGAGCCAUGAUGCAGGAGUUGCAGGCCUUCCUGGAAUCCUGCCCCCCUGAUCUUCGGGCUGACUGUGCUUCAGGCAUCCUUCUGGCUGCGGAGAGGUUCGCUCCAAGCAAGCGGUGGCACAUAGACACCAUCCUGCACGUGCUGACCACGGCAGGCACCCAUGUGAGGGACGACGCAGUGGCCAACCUGACCCAGCUGAUUGGAGAGGCCCAGGAGCUUCAUGCCUACUCCGUGCGCCGCCUCUACAGUGCCUUGGCAGAGGACAUCUCCCAGCAACCACUGGCGCAGGUGGCAGCCUGGUGCAUUGGCGAGUAUGGGGACCUCCUGCUGGAGGGUAACUGCGAGGACACCGAGCCUUUCCAGGUGGAGGAAGAGGAGGUGCUAGCGCUCCUGGAGAAAGUCCUGCAGUCCCACAUGUCCCUGCCAGCCACCCGAGGCUACGCUAUCACAGCGCUCAUGAAGCUCAGCACCCGGCUCCGGGGAGACAACAAUCGUAUCCGCCAGGUGGUAUCCAUCUACGGGAGCUGUGUGGAUGUGGAGCUUCAGCAGCGGGCUGUGGAGUAUAACGCACUCUUCCAGAAGUACGACCACAUGAGGGCUGCCAUCCUUGAAAAGAUGCCUCUUGUGGAGCGCAGUGACCCUCAAGUUGAUGAGGGACAGAAGGAAACCAAAGCGGGGCCCCAGCUCUUGGAAGCAGCAGCGCCUGCCCCCACGGAGCCCCAGGCCACUAAGCUCUUGGAUCUGCUUGAUCUCCUGGAUGACACUUCUGGGCAUGCUCAGCAUCUUCCACCAAUGGAGCCUUCCCCAGGGGAGGCCUUAGUACAGCUCCUCGACCUUCCCUGUGUACCUCCACCCCCUGCUCCCAUCCCCAGUCUCAGAGUGUUCGAGCGUGAGGGUGUACAGCUGGACCUUUCUUUCAUGCGGCCCGUGGAAACCCCGACAUUGCUCCUAGUCACUGCCACCACCACCAACUCCUCAAGGGAGGAUGUUACCCACUUCGUUUGCCAGGCAGCUGUGCCCAAGAGUUUCCAGCUGCAAUUACAGGCCCCCAGUGGGGACACAGUUCCAGCUCGGGGUGGCCUUCCCGUCACCCAGCUCUUCAGAAUCCUCAAUCCUAACAAGGCAACUCUGAGACUAAAGCUACGCCUCACCUACAACCACUUUGGCCAGCCAGUACAGGAGACCUUCGAGGUGGACAACUUGCCCGUGGAGACCUGGCAGUAACUUGCUGUGGUUUGUGUCUGGCCGGGGUGUUUCCAGGCUCUUGGUGUCUUAUUCAAGGAAUGGAAAUAAAGGUGUACAUAAAUUGC